AUGGGCGGCCAUAAUCGAAGUCGGUCAAGUAAUAUGUGGAAUUUAGGUCGCGAACAGCAAAAGCUCAUGUAUUUGUUGUCUUCUUCCAUUCUCCACGCUCUUCUCUUUCCCAUCGAAUCCAGUGUCGUUCUCGUUGAAUCCGAAGCACUCCUUCGCUUCAAAGAGGCCUUCAAUGAUUCAGAAGGCUCUCUGAGUUCGUGGGUAAAUGGAACAGACUGUUGCACCAUGUGGGAUGGCAUAGACUGCGAGUAUGACACGAACCGUGUUAUAUCUCUUGAUGUCUUUCGGUCUGAUGCAGAUAAUUACUACCAAGGUGUUAUCUCUCAGAGCGUGUGCCAACUUCAUUUUCUCACAUCAGUGACAAUAUUUGGAGUAUCAGGUACACCUCCUCCCUGUUUGGGAAAUCUCACAUAUAUUGAAAGUUUGGAUUUAGAUUCGAAUGAACUGAGUGGGAUGAUUCCCUCUUCCAUUUGUUUUCUCACCCGCCUUAGAUACCUUGAUUUAUCUUCCAAUGAAUUCAAUGGAAAUAUACCUUCUUGCUUGGCCACUCUUCCUUCUUUAACUCAGCUUGACCUUCGUGGAAACAAGCUUAGUGGAAGCAUACCCGAUUCUCUGGGUAAUUUUUCUUCUAUUGACUAUCUAGAUCUUUCUGAUAAUAACCUCAAUGGAAGCAUACCUUCAUGUCUGUAUAACCUUUCUUCUUUAACCAAUCUUUUGCUUGGGGACAACCAACUCAGUGGAAGCAUACACGCUUCUUUGGGCAAUCUUUCUUCUCGUAAAUAUCUAUAUCUUUCCAAUAGCCAAUUAAUUGGGAACAUACCCAAAUCUCUUGGAAGUCUUUCUUUGAUGACGGAUUUAUAUCUGGGAGACAAUCAGUUGACCGGUAACAUUCCAAAUUCCUUGAGCGAUCUAUCUUUGCUCCGGUAUUUGUAUCUUGAAAACACCCAACUAACUGGAAGCAUUCCUCCUUCAUUUGCUAAGCUUUCGUGUCUCACUAGCUUGUAUGUUCGUGACAAUCGUUUCAAUGAAACAGUAUCUUCUUCGUCGCUUCCAGCUUCUUUGAAUGUCCUAUCACUGUCAGUUAACCAUAACCAGUCAGUUUCAGAAACUUUCUUUCACAACCUUACAAGACUUGAGUUAUUGUAUUUAUCUGACUGUAUGCUAAAUAUUAGCUCAACUUGGAUUCCAUCCUUUCGAUUACGUGAAAUAAGCUUAGUGUCUUGUAUGAUUGGUGAGGAAAUUCCAACUUGGAUUUCAACCCAAUUCUUGCUUGAAACACUAGAAUUAGUUAACACUAGUCUUGUGGGAGAAAUUCCUUCUUGGUUAUGGGAAACCAAUCCUCGGUUGAAAUCUCUAAAUCUUUCAAGAAAUCAUCUAGAAGGAACCUUACUCUCAAAUACUUCAAUAUGGAUGCAAUUAGAAGUACUGGAUGUAUCUAGAAAUUUAUUAAGUGGGCAUAUCCCAUCAAUUUGGUCACCCCAUAUAACACAAUUGCUGCUCAAUGCCAAUUUCUUUAAUGGUAAUAUUCCUUCAAGCUUGGGUAGAAUAUCUCAAUUCCGAAUAUUAAAUUUGGCAAAUAAUAACUUGAUCGGAGCAAUCCCUAUGAGCUUAGGCAAAUUAUGUCAACUCCUGCUAUUAAAUUUUGAAAAUAACUAUUUAACUGGAGUGAUUCCUGCAAGCUUGUUCAAAUGCUCUUCUUCCCUCGUAGUCAUAAAUUUGGGAAAUAAUAGUUUGGAGGGAAGCUUACCUGAUGAUUUCAGUCAUUUAAUUGAAUUAUAUUCAUUUGUUGUUCAUGAUAACAACUUGAAUGGACCAGUCCCAAUCUCAAUAGUAAAUUGUUCAAAGCUACAGGUUCUUGAUAUUGGGAAUAAUUUAUUUGGAGGAGAAAUACCAAAAAUAAUUGGAAAUAUCUCUGAGUUAAGAGUUUUGGUGAUGAAGGAGAACAAUUUUUCAGGCAGUAUUCCUCCAGAGAUUGGCCAACUAAAGAGUCUCCAAAUUUUGCUCCUUUCUUCCAAUCAUAUCUCAGGUUUUAUUCCACACACAAUUGUAUCAUUCCAAGCAAUGUCAAUAGAAAGUCAAGCUGCAUUUGUAUUGUCUUCUUCUGAUGUAUAUUAUAGGGAUGGAUUGGAUAUGAAUUUAAAAGGCACAAAUCAACACUAUGAAUAUAUUCUUUCCACUCUCACAUGUAUAGAUUUGUGA